CACUGCGUUCUACCUAUUUUUUUUUAAGACGAGCAAAAACAGUUUUUUUUAUAGAGAGAGACCAACAUUUUUGUCUUCACUCUCACUCAAUCAGCUUCGACUCAUAUAAUUACAUUACUGCCACUUCCCUCGCUUUACUUCCUCCUCCGUUCUUCUUCUCUUGCUCUGUUUUUUUCAACUCCGCCGGAAAACCUUCAAUGGUUUCUUCUUUCUUGCAACACAGUGGAGCAAGUCAAAUGUGAUGGGAGGUGGAUUUUCCAAAUUCUGUUCCUGCUUUGAACCGCUAAACAGGACGGCGACGACGAGCCAACCGGACCAGCAGGAUGGGAUUUCUGCGCCGACUGAGCCUUUGGACGGAACUAUAGGCCACUCCUUCCGAUAUGUCAGAUCUUCAUCUCGCUUGCUUUCACGCGGUCACUCGGAUCGCGACGUCUUUCCUUCUAAUUCCCUCCGCUUCUCUCCCUUCCAUGAACCCGUUAUCAGAGUCCGACCCGAUUUCCCGGAAACUGGAUUCAAGGCCAUUUCCGGAGCUUCGGUGAGUGCUAACCAUUCGACUCCGAAAACUGUUGUCCACCUGGAAGACGUCUGCGAUGGAGCCAAUGAUGGUACCACUCCUGAAGGUGGCGUGAGGGGAAGUAUUGUGAAUGGGUUCGAAAGCACAUCUUCGUUUAGUGCUCUUCCGCUUCAGCCGGCGCCGAGAGGAGAGCCUCACUUUCUCUCAGGUCCAAUUGAGCGUAGUGCUCUCUCUGGGCCUCUUGAGCAAAACAACGCCACCGCAGAAGAUGAAAGCGAGGUCCCUUUUUCGGCUCCUCUGGGUGGCUUUUAUACCAAAGAGAAGCGCAAGAGAGCGUUUUCACGGUUGCGUAAGGCAUUUCAUCCGGCCAGUUCGGAGAAGCAGCAGCCAGGAGCGGUUUCGGUGUUGGAUUUCGUGGGCAGAAAGGAAGCUCCGGCGAACGAAGAGAAGCCGGAAGUGAAGAGUGAGAGUAGUCAUGUUCAAUGGGCGCUUGGGAAAGCAGGAGAGGAUCGGGUACAUGUGGUUGUAUCAGAAGAGCAUGGCUGGCUGUUCAUCGGCAUUUACGACGGCUUCAAUGGCCCUGACGCGCCGGAAUUCCUAAUGUGCCAUCUUUAUCGUGCUGUUUACAAUGAACUAAAAGGUUUGUUCUGGGAAGCUGAAGGCGCAAAGGAAACCAAUCCAUCAACUUCUGAAAACACCAUGAUUGGCGUAGAAGAGCUCAAAACUGAGAGUGAAAUUUCAGUGUGCGUAGAAGAUGCAAAUCCCCUGAUUUUUCAAGCUGAAGAUAGGCGACGCAGGCUAUGGGAAUUUCUUGAAGACGACGAUCCAGAAGACGGUCUCGAUCUCUCAGGGUCAGAAAGAUUUGCAUUUUCCGUCCAUGAUGCAAUCAACGUCAGAAAUGCGGGAUCAGCAGUUAGUAGACGGUGGCUGCUAUCAAAACUGAAGCAUGGAUUAUCAAAACCCAAGAGGGUCCAUGGUGGUAAGUUGUCAUCGUCGAUACAAUAUCAUCAAGAGAAGGUUGGAGCGGAGAAAGAGAAGUCUUCUGGUGGAGGAAGGAAGAGAAAGGUGGGCCCCGUGGAUGCUGACUCAGUGUUGAGGGCAUUGUCUCGGGCUCUUGAAGCCACCGAACUUGCAUAUUUGGACAUGACAGACAAGCUUCUGGAUUCAAAUCCAGAACUCUUUUUAAUGGGGUCGUGUCUGUUAGUUGUUUUAAUGAGGGACGAGGAUGUGUACGUGAUGAACGUAGGAGAUAGCCGAGCCAUUGUUGCGCAAUACGAGCCCAGAGAGUUAAAAUCUGCAACGGAAUUGAGUUAUGAGGGAAAUAAUAAUGAGUCAAGCACAGAGAGCGUAACUGAGGAAUUCUUAGCUGGAGAUGAAAGAGCAAUCAAGUUGGAGAAUGAGGAUCCUGGUCAAGAAAUGAGGCUAGUUGCAUUACAGCUUUCCACAGACCAUAGCACCAGCAUUGAAGAGGAAGUGAUCAGAAUCAAGAAUGAACAUCCUGAUGAUAGCCACUGCAUUGUCAAUAACAGAGUGAAAGGUCAUCUUCAGGUCACCAGAGCAUUUGGGGCAGGAUUUUUGAAGCAGCCAAAGUGGAAUGAUGCAGUGCUGGAAACGUUCCGUGCAGAUUAUAUUGGCACUGCUCCAUAUAUAUCCAGCUCUCCGUCACUAUGCCACCAUAGAUUAAGCCAAAGAGAUCAGUUCUUAAUCCUUUCAUCUGAUGGAUUGUAUCAAUAUCUAACAAAUGAAGAAGUGGUUUCUCAAGUUGAGAACCUGAUGGAGAACUGUCCAGAUGGAGAUCCAGCCCAGCAUUUGAUAGAACAGCUACUCCUUCGCGCAGCCAAGAAGGCUGGAAUGGAUGUGCAUGAGUUGCUUGAUAUUCGACAAGGAGAUCGGAGGAAGUACCAUGAUGAUGUUACUGUUAUGGUGAUAUCACUUGAAGGCAGAAUAUGGAAAUCAUCUGGGAAGUAUCUGUGAGACGUUGGAUGUGUUUGGAUACCUCUUCAUAAUCAAUCAUGGCUCCUAGAACUUUGUUUUGAAAAGGGAAAAAAAAAAAAAAAAACACCUCAAACAUUCCAUUUUUUCUUAAACUCGCUUUAGGCUCUGAAACUCCUUUGUGAGAGAGAUUAUUUGAAGCUCCAUAUGAUAAUCAAUUAUUUUGAAACUCCGUUUGAUAAUCAAUUUUUUCCAUAAUGAAUUUUAUCCAACUGAAAUCCAAACACAAGAUCUUCUUGAACUUGCCGUGGUCACAGAAUCUUUUCAUCUCAGUGAGCCUCCAAGCCAGCUGAUCCAUUUUUCAUGAGUCGUCGCCUUCUUCUUCUUCAGUUCUUUCUACAGAAUAAAAGAAUGGCUGAUGUUAAUGUCAAUAGGCUGCCAUGACCAUCGCAGAGCUUCAUCAACAAUGCAAAUUUAAUUGCAAAUGAGAAAGUUUCUGGAAAAUCUCUUUCAUCAGAAAACAUAGUACAAAUCUUUUUAUUCUUAGCAGGCCCCUUUUUGUUUUCGUUUAUGUUGCUUCAAGGAAACCAGAGGAAGUUUGGUGUACAUUAAUGGGAUAUGGCCGUAUGGGAAUGUAAGCAUACAUGUAUUGACUGAGCAUUGAACAGCUGUAAUUGCUUCAGAACCAUUGAGAUUUUCUUUCUUUCUUUCUUUGUUCUUUUUUGAAC